AUGUCCAACAGCAGCUCCAUCACUGAGUUUCUGCUCCUGGCAUUCACAGACACACGGGAGCUGCAGCUCUUGCACUUCUGGCUCUUCCUGGGCAUCUAUGUGGCUGCCCUCCUGGGCAAUGGCCUCACCAUCACAGCUGUAGCCUGUGACCACCGCCUAUACACCCCCAUGUACUUCUUCCUCCUCAACCUCUCCCUCCUCGACCUGGGCUCCAUCUCCACCACUGUCCCCAAAGCCAUGGCCAAUUCUUUCUGGGACACCAGGGACAUCUCCUACACAGGAUGUGCUACACAAGUCUUCUUCUUUCUUCUUUUCUUGUCAGCAGAGUUUUGUCUUCUUACUGUCAUGGCCUAUGACCGCUAUGUUGCCAUCUGCAAACCCCUGCACUAUGGGACCUUGCUGGACAGUAGAGCUUGUGUCCAGAUGGCAGCAGCUGCCUGGGGCAGUGGCUUUCUCUAUGCUGUGCUGCACACUGCCAAUACAUUUUCACUACCCCUCUGCCAAGGGAAUGCCCUGGAGCAGUUCUUCUGUGAAAUCCCCCAGAUCCUCAAGCUCUCCUGCUCAAAUGCGUACCUCAGGGAAGUCUGGCUUCUCAUGGUUAGUGGCAUUUUACUCUCUGGUUGUUUUGUUUUCAUCGUGCUGUCCUAUGUGCACAUCUUCAGGGCUGUGCUGAGGAUCCCCUCUGAGCAUGGACGGCAGAAAGCCUUUUCCACGUGCCUGCCUCACCUGGCUGUGGUGUCCCUGUUUGUCAGCACUGGCAUGUUUGCCUACCUGAAGCCCCACUCCAUCUCCUUCCAGUUGCUGGACCUGGUGGUGGCAGUUGUGUACUCAGUGGUGCCUCCAGCAGUGAACCCCCUCAUCUACAGCAUGAGGAACAAGGAACUAAAGGAUUCCUUGAGGAACCUAUUUGAAUACAUGCUACUUCAGCAUCACUAA